UGAAUUUUAAUUUCGAUUUCGGUUUUUCUGGAAAUAUAAAAGGAGGAAAAAUACAAAGGAAGUUAGUGACGGAGGGCGAAGAAGUUGACUGGCGGAGGAGGUGGUUGAGCUUUUUGGAGUCUUUUGGGAUGGGCAACUGCUUUUCUAACGACUCCGGCGGCAUGUCGGCGGUGGGCGGCACCGCCGCCUCUCAUGCCAAUCCCUACGACGCACCGAACGACGCCGUCGAUCUCUUCCUCAGGUCUCGCGGCUACAACGGUCUCUUCUCUCAGAUCGAGAUAUCACUUGCUGCUGUAGACUUGCGCGAUCGGGACGUUCUCUCCAAGAGUGAUCCGAUGGUGGUUAUCUAUACAAAAGGAAGAGAUGGAGGACUUUCCGAGCUUGGGCGCACUGAAGUAGUUAUAAACUCAUUAAAUCCAAAAUGGAUCACAAAACAAAAUAUCACUUAUCAUUUUGAGGUUGUGCAGACUCUCGUGUUUCGUGUGUAUGACGUUGACACUCAGUUUCAUAAUUCGGAAGUGAAGAUGCUUAAGCUAGAGGAGCAACAAUUUCUUGGCGAGGCAACCUGCGUAUUGUCUGAGAUAAUUUCUAAAUCAGACAGGUUAUUAACCCUCAAUCUUGAAUAUAGAGAAGAGUUGGGCAGACCAAAUCCUCAUCGAGACUGUGGAAAACUCAUUGUGCAUGCUGAGGAAUCUUUUAGCUCAAAGACAGCGAUAGAGAUGAGUUUAAGGUGUUCAGAUUUGGAAUACAAGGAUCUCUUCUCAAAAAGUGACCCCUUUUUGGUAAUAUCAAAAGUUGCAGAGAGUGGGAUCACAAUUCCAAUUUGCAAAACAGAAGUUAUAAAAAACGAUCUCAAACCCUCGUGGAAACCAGUAUAUUUAAAUAUUCAACAAGUUGGAAGCAAGGACAGCCCAUUGAUAAUGGAGUGUUUUAAUUUCAAUAACAAUGGCAAGCAUGACUUGAUUGGAAAAGUUCAGAAAUCACUGGCAGACUUGGAAAAGCUUCAUGAUAGCAGACAAGGAGAGCAUUUAUUUUUACCAACUGCUGUUGGGCAUGAUUUCCACAACAAGGUACUGAAGAGCCAACUAUAUGUGGACAAGUUUACCGAGACCGUCCAGCACACCUUCCUUGAUUACUUGGCUGGGGGCUGUGAGUUGAACUUCAUGGUUGCUGUUGAUUUUACAGCUUCAAAUGGAAAUCCUCGCCUGCCUGAUUCUUUGCAUUAUAUAGAUCCUACAGGACGCCCAAAUGCAUACCAGAGAGCAAUCAUCGACGUUGUGGAGGUUUUGCAGUUCUAUGAUACAGACAAGCGCUUUCCUGCCUGGGGAUUUGGAGCCAGACCAAUUGACGGUCCAGUUUCCCAUUGUUUCAACUUGAACGGGAGUAGUCAUCACUGUGAGGUUGAAGGAAUCCAAGGAAUUAUGAUGGCAUAUGCAAGUGCCCUCCAAAAUGUUUCUCUUGCAGGACCAACUCUUUUUGGACCCGUAAUUACCAAUGCUGCAUUUAAUGCCAGCCAGUCUCUUGCAAAUGGUGGACGAAAAUACUUUGUUUUGUUAAUAAUCACGGAUGGAGUGGUGACAGAUCUCCAAGAAACCAAAGAUGCCCUUGUGAAAGCUUCUGACCUGCCAUUGUCAAUCCUAAUUGUUGGAGUCGGAGGAGCUGACUUCAAAGAAAUGGAGAUUUUGGAUGCUGACAAGGGCGAGAGACUUGAAAGUUCUACUGGACGUGUGGCUUCACGUGAUAUAGUACAGUUUGUUCCAUUCCGAGAUGUACAAAGUGGAGAAAUUUCUGUUGUUCAGGCACUCUUAGCAGAACUACCGGCUCAAUUUCUGACUUACAUGCGAUCGAGAGAUGUCAAACCAAUUUUAUGAUCAUAACAAUUUUAUGUUGCAUUAUCACAUUCGAGACUUGGGAUGACCGCAGCUGCACAGGCCUCGCUGCCUUUGUGAGACUGCCAACUUAAGUUCCUGCAGCUCUCUUUACCAGGCUAGCGUCCUACAAUCGGAUGCGCUAAGCGUGGAGAAGGCAACGGGUUAUCCUUCGAAACCAACCAUUGGGAGAAAGGUGCGAAGAACCGUUUCAGAAUAGUCAUACAAGUAUUUUCAUCUUUUGGAAGUGGUUAAUCUUUUGCUUUUCUUUCCUUCUUUCUUUCUUGUUCCCCCCUGAUUUUUCGUUUCGGAAUUUUGUUUGCUCUGUUGCAAAAUUAUAUUGCUUUAUGAAGAACUUAAACAUGAAUGAUGAAUAAAAGUACAAGAUGUAAGGCUCGUUUUGAAGUGUAUUUAGAAUGAUUGAAAGCACUUGUAGAGAAAAUGUUUUUGGAACCAAUCUUUAGUAACAAUGCAAGUGAAUAUUGGAAAAGUACUUGAAGUGCAUCUUGGAAUAAGCACAUACAGAAGCACUUGAAGUAUUUUUGGAAUUCAAAAGCAUUUCUCUGAAAGUGUUUUUAGUCAUUUUAAAAUUAUUUUCAAACGAGUGAAUGCACAUCGGGUUCGCUCUUGGAUA